CUUUUGGGGAUAUAAAGUUUGUGGAUAUCCUUAAAGUGACCCGCAUGAAAUACAAAAUGUUAUGUGACACUAAAACUGGAGGCUGUGGGACGACAAACUUUGUUCAUCACGUUAUGAGUAGAUGUCCACCUAUCUUCACAAUCGUGUUGGAAUGGGAGAAGAGUGAAACUGAAAAGGAAAUAUCAGAAACGACAAAGGCUUUGGAGUGGGAGAUAGAUAUGAGCAGGCUGUACGAAGGCUUAGAACCAAACACUAACUACCGGCUUGUGUCUAUGGUUGGUUAUAGUGAAGAAGAAGAAGAAGAAAACAUCUGUAUAGCUUAUGAAAAGAACCGGUGGGUUAAUCUCAGACGUGAGUCUUUAGCAGGAGAGGUUGUUGGUAGCUGGAAGAAUGUGGUUAGAUUCUGUGGAGAAAGGAUGAUUCGGCCAGAGAUUCUGUUCUAUGAAGCUGCACGAUCCAUGAUAUGACCUAAUAAGUUUAUAAACAUGGAAGAAACACAGAAUUGAUGUACAAAACACUGACACGAUUUGGCUCUGACAUUUGUACUUAGAAUCAUAUAUUGGGACAAGUUUCAAUAGACGACACCCAAGUGCAAGUAAUGACAUGAUAAAAGAGUACACAAUCAGUUUUUAAGCUGAUUGUUUUUUCUGAGCAUAGUAAAGAGAUAUUCUUGUGUAGA